AUGAAAGGACAUAUGAGGUUUGGCAAGAAGGGAAAACUAACCCCUCGUUACAUUGGACCAUUUCAGAUCCUUGAAAGGUUGGGUCAUGUAGCUUAUCGUAUUACCUUGCCACCGAGAAUGGAACAAGUGCAUAAUGUCUUCCAUGUAUCCAUGCUUCGUGGAUAUCUUAGAUACCCGUUCCAUGUGAUUGAUCACCAUCGGAUUGCUUUAGACGAGAAUAUGAUGUAUGAAGAAUGGCCCGUGCAAAUCAUUGAUCGGCAAGUGAAGCAAUUGAGAAACAAAACUAUCCCUAUAGUGAAAAUUGGAUGGAAUGAACAUUAUGGGAAGGAAGCCACUUGGGAGAAAGAGGAAGAGAUACGGCAACGGUAUUCGCAUUUGUUUCCAUCUAAAGGUAACUUAAGUUUGGAGAACCAAACUUUCUAA